CCUAAUAUCCUUUGUCCUCAAUAUCCAGUCUCGAAUCAAAUUAAUAACAAUGGCCGUCGCAGUUGGCUGUCAUUCGGUAGUAUACGCGGAUUAUGUGACAGUGAGAAACUUGUGGCGAGUGGCAAUCGCUGCAAAUCGGUCGGAGUGAUUGAUUCUCGAAUGAAAUCAACGUGACCAAAUUCGUUGUAAAGAAUGAUUUUCUAGUGGAUGGUUAAAUCACGGUGUCAACUAGUAACCACGGAUGACCAGCUGACAAUGUUUUGCCAUUAGCAUAAUUUAGUGCUUAGCGGGCGUUCGCGGUAAAUUCAGGAUGUUUAAAGCUGAGGAGUCGUCAAGAGACAGCUUCCUUCAGCAAACGAAGGCCGCAAGGGAGGAAAGGGCCCAUGAGAAAGACAGAGAAGCUGCUGUCACCUUAAUUCAGGCUUAUGUUAGGGGAUGGUUAACCCGUAAAAGAAUAUUAGAAGAAUUUGAUACAAAUUUUCUCAAUGACGGCAAUACAGAAACAAAUAUAGAACUGAAACCUGCUUUGCACAUGUAUAAGAUUAUUUCUAAAUUUUUGUAUAUAUAUAAGAAAGAGAGGGAUCAAGAAAGAAUAGAAAAAUUAUAUAGAUAUCUAGUAUGGACUCUUGAUUCUGAGUCUCCAGAAAUUUCGUACGUAGGACUUGUAUUAAACAAAGAUCACUACAUAUCAUGGAUAUUGCAAAUGAAAACAUUGUUACUUUAUUGUCUGACUGGUUUAGAGAAUCUUAAACCAGAAAGAGUGUGCGACCAUAAAUCCAUCCAUUUGAGAUUACACACAUUAGUUAGUUUUACAUCACCUGGAACAUGGGCAAUUUUAAAAGUAGGAGGAAUGGAAAAGCUCAGGGGUGGCAUGACUCAACUAUGUGCAAAUGUAAUGGGUCACCUAAUCAACAAUGGGUUUUAUCCUAUUAUGCAGGCUUUUCUAAUGAAAGGCCUGGGUAGAGUGGAAAUUGCCUUGAAACCAAUAGCACUUUCAGCAGCAGUUACAUUGGCAUUAAGACCACUAAUUUCUUCCCAAAUGUCAGACAAAUUGGUAUCUCUAUUUUUAAUUAACAUUUUUAGUGUACCUGCUUUGGUCUAUCAUCUCAAUAAUAUGUCAUCUGUGUGUAUUUCAUCAUUCAUUACUUGCAACUUGUUUGCAAGAAGCCUAGAGCUAUUGAAUUCAGAACAAAAUUUGAGAAUAGUUUUUAAUGCUUUAGAAGGUAGCUAUGCACUGUGUUUACUAGCUAAUUUAAUACAAUUAGCUAAUAUUGAAAGAGAAGAAGUAUUGAGAGAACUCUAUUUUCCUUCUUUUACGUUUGUUGUAACAAAAAUGUUGGAAGCAUGUCAACAGUAUGUAGUUGCAAAACAAAGUAAUUUAACUCAUUGGCACCCUAUCUUGGGGUGGCUUGCAUUAAAGGUUGAUUCAACAUUGCAAGAACCUAUUCCAUAUGUAAAAAUACAGUUAGCAUGUUUGUGGACAGGAAGGAUAGUUACACAAUUAAUUGGUCAACCAUUAACAGAACUUAUAGAGAAAGAGAUAGCUCCAUCACUAGAGCAACAGGGCACAUCCGUUGGUACUAACAUUUUUCGAAGGGCGUUUUUGGAAGCACGUACAAAUAGAAAUAAUAAUACUAAGAAUUAUAGGAAAUUGGGAAGUCCAGAAACUACUAGAAUAGCUUUAAUUUGUUCUCUUUAUCAAAUCGCUUUACAUACGCUCACACAGAUGAAAAUGGAGAUAUUAACUGGUUUAUGCUAUCAAGAUAAAAUUUUGUACCACAUGUAUUUGUUUCUGGGAACAUUGGGUCCACAUUGUGGCUUGAAAGCAUUUUUAGACCAUUUAGCUGCAAAUACAAAAUGUACAGCACCCGAAUUUCAGAUGUUGAUAUUAUUUUCUGAUUGUAUGACACAUUAUGUUACGAUCUUAGAUGAUAUGGAAAUGUAUGAACAACAAGAACCCUUCAAGAUUACCGAUUUUGUAACGAUAUCAUAUUUUUUAAAUCAAUUUUUGUACAAGGCUGUUCUGAAUAACUUGUUUGUUUUAGAUGUUCCAGACGUGAAGUCGGUUCCUAAUAAUCCCUUGUUCACCUCUCUCCACACACUUUUAAUGGCAAUCUAUCGACGGGACUGUAGACGAACGUUUUGCCCGGACGGACACUGGUUGGCAAAGGAAGUUCGAGUGUCAACUUUUCUUGCAGACUUGGAAAAAGGUAGACGCGGCGCCGCUCUUCUUCUUUCCAAGAUGCCUCAUGUUAUACCCCACUCGGAACGCGUGGUAUUGUUUCGUAAGCACGUGGUUAAUGAGAAAGCGGUAUUGGGUUUAACUGAGAGUGCUUGCAAUAGUACGCCGACAACGCUUAUCGUUGUUCAUAGGACACGCAUAGUAGAGGAUGGGUACCGACAACUCGCAAUGUUGCCAUCCCAGGCACUUAAAGGUGUGAUCAGAGUUCGUUUUGUAAACGAGCAGGGUUUAGCUGAAGCUGGCAUCGAUCAAGAUGGAGUGUUCAAAGAAUUCUUAGAGGAGACAAUAAAGAAAGUUUUCGAUCCAUCUUUAAAUUUAUUUAAAACUACUACUGAGAACCGACUUUAUCCGUCUCCUACAUCCUCCAUGCAAGAUAAUCACUUGCAGCUGUUUGAGUUUGUUGGUCGUAUGUUGGGUAAAGCGGUGUAUGAAGGCAUCGUUGUAGACGUUCCGUUUGCAUCCUUUUUUGUUUCUCAAUUUUCUGGGCAAACUGGAGGAGCAUUGUACAGCUGGUUGGACGAAUUAGCUUCUUUAGAUCGAGACUUGUACCGAAGUCUUACUCUUGUAAAGCAUUACAAGGGCGACGUUAGGCAGUUAGAAUUAACUUUCUCUCUGGAUGAAGAUGUUUUAGGUAAAUUAGUUACGCACGAGUUGGUUCCUGGAGGACGAGCGGUGCCGGUCACCAACGAGAAUAAAAUUAAUUACAUACACCUAAUGGCCCACUUCAGAAUGCACAUGCAAAUAAAAGAUCAGACGGCUGCUUUUAUCAAAGGAUUUCGGUCUAUCAUCAAUCUCGAGUGGUUGGCGUUAUUUUCAACUCCAGAAUUGCAAAGAUUAAUUUCGGGUGAUAACGUCCCGUUAGAUUUACGGGAUUUACGAAAGCAUACACAAUACUAUGGUGGCUUUCAUGACAGUCAUCGCGUUGUAUGUUGGUUAUGGGAUAUUCUGGAGAAAGAUUUUUCAGAAGAGGAAAGGGGCUUAUUCCUAAAGUUUGUCACAAGUUGCUCAAAAUCGCCACUGUUGGGUUUUGCAUUCUUGGACCCUCCGUUUUCGAUUCGUUGCGUAGAAGUUGGCGAUGAUGAGGAUACGGGUGAUACAAUCGGUAGUGUGAUAAGGGGAUUCUUUACAAUUCGUAAGAAAGAUCCGCAAAAUCGUUUGCCCACGUCGUCCACGUGUUUCAAUCUUCUUAAAUUACCAAAUUACCAAAAGAAAAGUACAUUGAGGGAGAAGCUGCGUUACGCUGUCACUAGUAACACUGGCUUUGAGCUUUCUUAA